UCUCGCACACACUUUUACACGCACAUAAACUCUCUUUCCACAACUAACCCCCACAUAAAUCCCCACUCUUUUCUGCACACACACACAGAUUCAGUACCACCUUCAAACAUUUAAUGCACUCAACAACCACACUGUUUUUCCACCGUUAAUGGAAACUAACUAGCUUCAAUUCAUACUUCUUUACUUAACAAUGGGAUGUUUGCUUUGUAAGAGAGCAACCCCAGAUCAUCAUAAUCAAAACCCAGGUUCCAAAACCCAAAAUGGUGCAGUUUCUUCAGCUAGGCAUAACGUCGAACGGGUGGUGUGUUUGGGUAAAGAAAAAGAUGGUGUUGGUGUUGAUAGGAUCCGGGAAUCUGUUGGUGAAGUUUCGGGUCAGGGUCUGAAAGGGCCGGGCCCGAAGCCGGGGUAUGGGUUGAAGGUGGCUCAUGGAUGGCCUUCUUGGCUUUGUGAUGUUGCUGGUGAUGCUAUUAAAGAUUGGACUCCUAGACGUGCUAAUACUUUUGAAAAAAUUGAUAAGAUUGGACAAGGGACAUAUAGCAAUGUAUAUAAAGCUAAGGAUCUAAUAACUGGGAAGAUAGUUGCGUUGAAGAAAGUUAGGUUUGAUAAUUUAGAGCCAGAAAGUGUCAAGUUUAUGGCAAGAGAGAUUCUUAUAUUGAAGAAGUUAAAUCAUCCAAAUAUUAUCAAGCUUGAAGGAUUGGUUACUUCAAGAAUGUCCUGUAGUCUUUACCUUGUAUUUGAAUACAUGGAACAUGAUCUCUCCGGUCUUGCUGCUGUUCAAGGUGUCAAGUUUACAGAGCCACAGGUCAAGUGCUACAUCAAACAGCUACUCUCUGGGCUUGAGCAUUGCCAUCAGAAUGGUGUGCUGCACCGUGAUAUUAAAGGAUCUAAUUUACUGAUCGACAAUGAUGGAAUUCUCAAAAUUGCUGAUUUUGGGUUGGCUUCUUUUUAUAAUCCACAACAUAAGCAACCGAUGACUAGUCGUGUUGUUACCCUCUGGUACCGACCGCCAGAGCUUCUUCUGGGUGCCACUUAUUAUGGUGUCAGUGUUGACCUGUGGAGUGCCGGUUGCAUCUUGGCUGAGCUUCUUGCUGGGAAACCAAUAUUACCCGGACGGACAGAGGUUGAACAAUUGCACAAGAUAUUCAAAUUAUGUGGCUCUCCAUCAGAUGAAUAUUGGAAGAAAUACCGGUUGCCAAAUGCGACUCUUUUUAAGCCACAACAUCCAUACAAGCGUUGUAUAGUAGAAACAUUUAAAGAUUUUCCACCUUCUUCUCUACCUUUACUGGAAAAUCUUCUUGCAAUUGAUCCUAAAGACCGUGGGUCUGCCACGUCAGCCUUGAAUAGCAAUUUCUUCACCUCAGAACCUUAUGCCUGUGAACCAUCAGAAUUACCAAAAUAUCCCCCCAGCAAAGAAAUCGAUGCUAAAUUAAGAGAGGAAGAAGCUCGAAGGCAAAGAGGUUUGAGUAAAUCCCAUGUUGCGGAUGGAAAUAGAAGAACAAGAGCCCGAGAACGGAUUAGCCGUGCAGUUCCAGCCCCCGAAGCCAAUGCAGAGCUCCAAUCCAACUUAGAUAGAAGACGAAUUGCAACAGAAGCAAAUGCCAAAAGCAAGAGCGAGAAAUUUCCACCUCCCCAUCAAGAUGCUACUCUCGGGUAUCCAUCACAUAAUGGUGUCCUGGUCUCUUUCACCACAACCGAUGAUAAAUCAUCCGGCUCCUCGUUUUUUGAGUCAAAGUCUUCAAGAUCAGUCAAAGAACCAGGGAUCAAUGGUGGGUCUUCAAGGUCUAAAAAGACCAAGAAGGAACCAUCACGUAAGUUCAUACGAACCUUUCUUCCAGCCUCACUUAGUCUGUCAAUGGAUUUUAGGUUUAGAAACAAAGAAUCCGCUUCAGAGGUUUUUAGCAGUGGAAGGUAGAUAGGUUUAUAAAGUUUAAGUUACGGGCAAAUUGCAUAAAAAGGUAAGCAAGUUUGGUUAAUGUGUAUUUUAAGAUCACCAACUUAUUGUCUUUUUGCUGGAAGAAAACUACCAGUUUUAGAAACUAUGAUUAAAGGUUACCAAAUUUCGAAAAAUUGGAUUGCCCAAGUCAAAAUGAUGGUGUCCACUGAUGGUUUGGUAAACUUUGAUCGUGUUAACCUUUUUUAUGGAGGGUUUUGGUGUCGCUUGAAAAAACCACCUUAGAUAAACUACCUUGUAACCAUAAGUUUGAGACUUUAAUAGUUUUUGCUUUAAAAAGUUGGUAAAUCUAAUCAAAGUUGUUACCUUUUGAUGCAUUUACCCUUUUUAAGUUA